AUUUGCCGCAUUUGCGUUUGAGCUUGGAGGGAGCCUCUCUUCUCUCUCUCUUCUCUCUCUCUCUCUUUCUCCUCCUUUCCUGUGUGGAGCUUCCAAUUCGCGAUGGCGAUGGCGAUGGAGUAGCGCGUUGUCUUAGAGAGCAAGUGGCCCACUGCAUCGAUUGCUGCAGCGUGGAUUCUAGGGGUUUGUCCCACUUUCUUUCUUGCAAGAAUUUCGUCUCCCGUGGUGCUGGGAGUCUCCUCCUGCUAUCGAUUCCCCAAGAGUCCCAGUCUAAGAGCGAUUAUUUGCGUUUCUUGGGAGAUUUCUUGUGAUGUGAGGGGAUUUCGCGACAACGUCGAGCAGUGCGCAGCGAGCGAGGGCGUUCUUUUCUUUCCACUCUCGUACUGGCGAGACGAAUAUGGGAUCGCCAGGAGCCCCCAGAUUGUUCGCUGAUGUUUUCGCCUCUCCGGAAUGUGGCACCGCGGCGGAUGGGUUGGCGGCGGUGAUCGCAUCGUGUUCUCCAUUGGCAUUCCAAGGAAUGGAUGAAGGAAUGCAUUGUCACAAGCGUCCUCUCUUCCCAAUUUUCGAGGCCUCCACUGAGGAGGCUGGCGACGAUGAUUUGUGCGACGAAUCCAUAGCUCAACACGUCGAGAAGAAGCGGAGGCUCUCGGUGGAGCAAGUCAAGGCUCUGGAGAAGAACUUCGAGAUCGAGAACAAGCUAGAGCCCGACCGGAAGAUUCAGCUGGCCAAGGAGCUUGGAUUGCAGCCAAGGCAAGUGGCCGUGUGGUUCCAAAACCGCCGAGCGAGGUGGAAGACCAAGCAGCUGGAGAAGGACUACGAUCUCCUCAAGUCGGAGUAUGACGAUUUGAAGGCGAGCUACGUGGAUCUUGCCAAAGAGAGGGACAAGCUCCAGGCUGAGGUCUCUCGGCUGAAGCUUCGCAUGGAUGAUCCUCGCAAGCAAGCUGGCUCGGGCAAGAGCAUCAAACAGGAGGCCGCGGAAGAACUCGCCAAGAUGGAAUUCGAUCAUGAGGAGCCUGCUUCCACCACCAAUUCCCAGCUCGAUGGUGCGCAACAAGCCAUUGACAUCAAGGCCGCGAUAUCGAUGAUGGACGCCAAGAAGGAGGGGAGCUUUUGCUCCGACAGCGAUGGCAGCGAGAUUUUGGAAGUUGAGAGCCCGAUUCAAGAACACUUAACAACAGCGACACUUGUGACAACAGCCGACGCCACUGUUGCUUACAAUUGCAACGAGGCCGAGCAGCACCACGUCUUUCUCUACGCCGACGAGUUCCUUGCUCGCGAUCAAGAGCCGCCAGCUCUCGACCAUCACAGCCAUGCUCCGCAACCGCAAUGUCAGCAGCAACAACAUAUCAAACUGGAAGAGAGCUCUUGUAGGGACGAGCAAGGCCUCAUGGAAGAAGCCCAAAGUGGUGGUGGUGAACAGGGGAGCUCGUUUGCGUGGGCAUGGGAAUGGGCGUAAGCUUCCAUUGCCGUGUUAUAUCAUCUCAGAGAACCUCUCAGGUUCGUACCUGCGAGUUCUCUUUUUACUCUGAUCGUCGUGAAUUUCCUCUUGCCGUGUUACAAACUUUGGAAAAAUCUCCAGAUUUUUAUAAUGGGGACUGAUUGACUUUGCUGCCAGAUGGACUGGAGACCGUAACGGUGAAGCAGAGAGAGAGAAAAAAAAAGAAGGAAUAUUGCUGCCACCAGAAUUAUUGUGAACACGAAAAAUAGAAGAAAGUUUUGUACAUUAUAUAAUAACAUUAUUAUUAUAAUUUGAUGAAAAUGUUCAGAAACAUUA